GUCGAAAGGCAAGUUUCCUGAUAUCGAACGUGCGUUGUCAAACUGGGCAAGAAACUACCAGAAACAGGGACUGCCACUGUCCGAUGCCAUCACCCGAGAGAAGGCGCGCUUCUUCGCUCAGACUGUUGGUAACUCCGAGAGUCAUCUCAAGGCAAACAACACGAGCUGGCUAGAGAAGUUCAAGCAAAAGAAUCAUCUCAUGGAGCGCGAGAGCCCGGCCAGUGGGCAGCCAGGGAGCAACAACUUCCAGGGGCCGCGAAGUCAGACCUUCCCUAUGCUUGUGGGCGUCGAGCAGUAUAUGUCACCACCAGGCUCAUCUGAUACGCUGACUCCAAAGUACGUCAGUAGUGGUGCGCUCGAUCCUUCUAUGACUAAGAUGCCUGGCGCGCUGCCGACCAUUGGUGAGGGAAUGUCGCUGUCCCCAGCUCAAGUCCUCAAAUCGAUCACACCCCCUCCUCUAGCGAGUACCAGUCAGAUCGGUGACAAGGGAUCCUCUGCCGAUUCCUCGCCCAUUACACCAUCCCAAGAAGAAGCUGCACGCGCAUUAGAGCUCGUCAUGAACUUCUUCCAGUUGCAGAACGCCGGUUUUGUCGUGGAGCCACAAGACUAUGUUACCAUCGGCAAGCUGAUGGAGAAGCUACGAAUCAAGCGCAGCUCUGAGGGUCUUCCUUCCGAUAUGUGA